CGGCUCGAAACUCCUGUGCUCUUGGGCAGCCAUCUUGGAUCUCGCUUUGAACGAGAGUCAACAGACGCGGCUGUUUAGGUGGAAUGGAACCGUCAACAAGCCCGUCUUCUCCGCGGCUCUGACGCCUGUGACCGCUGCCGUUCGCACUGAAUAUACCGGACCCAUCGCUCGAUGAGCAGAUUGUAUUUUGGGAAGAUCGCAGGGGAGGCCCCGUGAAGUGCCGUUUUGUCUAUUCUCAACGUUACUUGAACCGGACAUCCGAAAUAUGAAGCAGACAGCGACGCGAGGCCUGGAAGUAUUAUGUUUUUAACAGUGCACAAGUUAGCCGGUCUCAUUAGCUAUUUUGGGAUCUCUUAGAUGGCUCGCAAUCGGUAAUUAAACGCAGUAACGUCCGCGAAAUAUUUCUCCCAAACUUUUAACAAGUUUGUUACCAGCUUUAGAAGCGAAUCAAUGAUAUUGACCAAACGUGUAAUCUGUCAAAUAUAUAGUUUCCCCUUCGUUGCCCCGCAAAACCUGCUCCUUAAACCGUAAUUCCGGUAAAGCAGCUUUCCAUCAACACCAUGUCAACAACAAGAGCCCCGCUGCCCACCGUCAACGAGCGCAAGGCUGAAAAUCAUACAACAAAUAGCCAUGGCCGAGGGGAGGGGACCUCUCGGUCUGUGAGGUCGAGUGGUCGAAACCGAAAUUCUGGCUCGGGAUUAGAUGAUGUGCACCCUCUUAUUGGGAAUUACCGACUUCUAAAAACCAUUGGAAAAGGCAACUUUGCCAAGGUCAAACUGGCUCGCCAUAUCCUCACAGGAAGCGAGGUGGCAAUAAAAAUUAUUGAUAAAACCCAACUAAAUCCAACAAGCCUUCAAAAGCUUUCCAGAGAAGUCACAAUCAUGAAGAAUUUAAACCACCCAAAUAUUGUCAAACUGUUUGAGGUGAUAGAGACUGAGAAGACACUGUUUCUUGUGAUGGAAUAUGCCAGCGGAGGUGAGGUGUUUGACUAUCUAGUGGCUCAUGGGAGGAUGAAAGAGAAAGAGGCCAGAGCUAAAUUUAGACAGAUUGUGUCAGCUGUGCAGUAUUGUCACCAAAAACACAUUGUUCACAGAGAUUUGAAGGCUGAAAACCUGCUGCUAGAUGCUGAUAUGAACAUUAAGAUAGCUGACUUCGGCUUCAGUAACGAGUUCAUGGUGGGAAAUAAGCUGGACACGUUCUGUGGCAGCCCCCCUUACGCUGCCCCCGAGCUCUUUCAGGGAAAGAAGUACGACGGGCCGGAGGUGGACGUGUGGAGUUUGGGCGUCAUACUCUAUACGCUGGUCAGCGGCUCCUUGCCCUUCGAUGGACAGAAUCUCAAGGAACUGCGUGAACGUGUGUUACGUGGAAAAUAUAGGAUCCCUUUUUACAUGUCCACGGAUUGUGAGAACCUUCUCAAGAGAUUCCUGGUCUUGAACCCAACCAAAAGGGGAACGUUAGAGCAAAUCAUGAAGGAACGCUGGAUCAAUGCUGGCUUUGAAGACAAUGAACUCAAACCCUUCCUUGAGCCAGAGGCCGACAUCUCAGACCAGAAGAGAAUAGAUGUGAUGGUGGGAAUGGGCUUCUCUAAAGAGAAGAUCCAGGAGUCUUUGUCCAAAAUGAACUAUGACGAGAUCACAGCCAUAUACCUACUUCUGGGAAGGAAGACCAAUGAGGAGGUCAGUGAAUCCAGCUCCAGUACUAAUCUCUCCGUGGCGAAGAGCAGAACCACCGGUGAGAUGAACGGCCAGUCACCAUCGCACCUGAAGGUCCAGAGAAGCGUCUCCUCCAGCGAAUCCAGAAAAUCUAGACGCCACAACGAACAAGUUGGUGUGGUCGCUAACUCAGCGUUGAGUAACUCCAAGAAGACGGUUCCUGUCCCAGCUGACGGUGACGGCAAACAGGAAGGUGGAGUCACCGCACGUAAACCGCCCACUCACAGCCCCCCGAGCCCACUGCUGGGUAAUGCCAACAACCCAAACAAAACAGAAAUACCUGACCGCAAGAGAGGAAACUCCAUCACACCUAAUAAUAACUCUGGAUCGGGAGGCAUGUCAAGGAGAAACACGUACGUGUGCACUGAGAAAAACAACCCAGACCACCUUUCUGUCAUUCCUAAUGGGAAGGAGAACAGUGUGACGUUGUCUCCUGGCUCUCGGGACCCGGGUGCCUCCACUCACAGCAUCAGCACCGCUGCCACUCCUGAUAAAACACGUUUCCCACGAGGCACUGCGAGCCGCAGCACCUUCCACGGACAGCUGAGAGAUCGUCGCACGGCCACCUACAACGGCCCACCUGCCUCGCCCACACAGCCCCGCAGCCGCGGUAAUGCCAACAACCUGCUCACCAAGCUGACCUCCAAACUCACGCGCAGAAAUAUGUCAUUCAGGUUUUCCAAAAGUCGCCAUGUAUCUGGGGAUCAGCAAAAAGAUGAAGGGAAAGAUGGAGAAGACGGGAAACCCCGCUCUCUCCGUUUCACCUGGAGUAUGAACACCACCAGCACCAUGGAGCCAGCCGACAUCAUAAAUGAGAUCCGCAAAGUUCUGGAUGCCAACAGCUGCAGUCACCAGCAGCGCGAACGCUUUCUGCUUCUCUGUGCCCACGGGGACAGCCGCACCGACAGCCUCAUCCAGUGGGAGAUGGAGGUUUGCAAACUGCCCCGGCUCUCACUUAAUGGUGUCCGUUUUAAGAGGAUAUCUGGCAACUCCAUUGCUUUUAAGAACAUUGCUUCCAAAGUUGCAGGUGAACUCAAGCUAUGAAUAUAUCUUUAUUCUAACUACAUAGAGAAAUUUAUGAAAUGGUUCAGUUCAGUAUAGACAAACAAAUUAAGCUGUACAAUCGUAAGGUAGCAGUUUAAUAAUAUUUUUUUUUUUAAUAAACCACUUAAAUGUAUUUGAAAAAAAUGUAUAUAUUUUAACAUUGCUUAAAGCAAUAAUUUCGUUACAUCGAUCACACAAUUAUCGUAUUAUCGUGCAAGUCGUUAAAUGCUGUAAAAAGAGCAGGUUUGAACCUUUCAGUGUUACGAUUGUAUGAUGCUCCGAGAAUGUUCAGAGAGGAACUCCUUGCCAUCGCCAUCUUUGCAGACGGAGGAGUUGAGGCUCAAGAAGUUGAUGCUAUAUGGAGAUUUGUGGGGUUUCGUUUUGUUUUUGCUUUUUAACAGGCACUAUUCUGUGGUGGUUUUAAGUAUCGCGUGUUUUGGGCGGCUCUUGUGUAAAGGGUUUCGCCCGAAUCUUGAGUUGCUUUUUGAAAAAUUGCUCUGCGCCUCUAUGUAUUGAGGGUGCUCGUCUGUGAAAGCGGCUGCAGUAAACCUGAUUCGAGCUCAGUUUCACUGUUUGAAUGUUAUUAAGAGCAACAUUGAUGUUUUAUAAUUUAUUUCACUUUUGCCCACUCAAAUGUAUUUUUGGUGUAAAUAUACUUUAUGCGGCAAGUACACAUUGUCAUACAGUUUUGUUGGAGUUCUCUGAAACCAAGAGGGCAUCUUGUAAUCUUUCACUUCUAAGACACACCACAGAUUCCAUUAAACUAUCUGUAACUUGUCACAGUGUUCACUGCAGAGAUCUAAUACAGCUACAAAAUGAUCUCAACA